ACUUUUAAUAUACUUUUAUUCGUACAACUAUUAUACAAUUAGAUAGCUAAACGUUUCGACGUUUACCAACAUCUUCAUCAGUAAUAACAAAGUUAGAAAAAUAUUUCCAUUGAAAUCAAAAAGCACACCAUUACCAUAUACGUGUUUCUUAAAUUGAUGGGACGUCAACGUCGUACUCAACAACAAAACAAUAUGGUCUACUACAGCUUCCGUCUCUACAGCUGGCAUACCAACAGAUUUAACCGCUGCACCUUAUUAUCAAGUUUAUGAACAAAUUGGAAACAAUGAUACUACUCUAGGAGAGAGACUGGAUGAUUGGACUCGUACAAAUAGUAACAGAACAUUGUUGUGUCUAUUUCAUCAACAGCCGAUAUCUACGCCAACACUACCAUCAUCAUCAACAACACAACUUUUAAGAAUAAUUGUACUUGAUCAAGAACAUUUAAAGCAAUUAUUAGUCCCAACUAAUAGUGACAAAUAUGAAACUGUUGUAAAUUUAUAUCAUCUAAAUCGUAUUGAAUCGUUGAAUAUAUUUUAUUCAUUGUUAAAAUUGGAUGGAUUUUUAUCAGCCUUUAUUUAUCAAACAUUACUCAAUAACUCUUCAUACAUGGAUUUAUACAAUGUUAUUUAUAUCGAAAUUCGUGAAUAUUUUCACAUAUUUGACGAUUUUAUUCGAAUAUUAAUUGAUUAUUUAGUUGAUUAUGAUGAUUUUACAACAUUAAGAGUCAAUGUACCUCUUUCAGAUAUUGAUACAAUUGAACAAUUAUGGCUGAAAAUUGUUCGAUAUAUAAAUGCAUAUCAAUUGGAAACAAGAAUAAAACCAGAUGAUGUUGAACUCUAUUUAAAUCAAAUUUAUUUUCGAACGUAUCAUACACCGUUGCAUAGAGAACUUCGAGGCGGUCAAGAAUAUAUGUGCUUUGAUUUUUUUGACACUUUUUUCCGGUCGAAAAAUUACAAACUCGAAAGAUGUCAAAAACGGACAUUUUUUCAUCUUUUUUGA